AUGCAUUUGAUUAUGCUUUACCAUGUAGCUUAUACAGCGUCCCCUGCAUCUGGCGAAAAGCUUCACCGAUUCAUCAAGGAGUCUUCCAUCCAAGAAAGAACUGGAUCCUCCAUAUUGAUCUUCUCAUUCACAAGGGAUUCAAAUACAUGGCGCCUCCAAGCUCUGCCAAACAUUGCGGCAUCAAUAUCAGGCCUGGUUAGGAAAUUAUGUUUCCUUGAAUACUCCAAGCUGUCAAUAAAAAUAUACUUUCGUUUUUCUUCUGCAGGAAAACAUUUAUUGCAAGCAAUGAGAGCUGCCCAAUGUCCAGCAUUCCGGCUUCCAAAGAAUACAGGAAAGAGAUUGACAGGGUGGCUUGUACGCGCCAGAGUAAUGGCACUUUUGAACAAGGAGAGCAAGAUCAAUGGCAUUGGAAGUGAUCGUGCCAGGCUCAAGGUUCUCUCUCGCUUUCUCCAUGAUGCCUUUUAUCUUCCGCUGCCUGCGCCUAUAUGUUGCGUUUUCCAAUUUCUUGUGUUCCUUCACCAGCUCUUUCCUUUCCUCUAUCUCAGCCUGUCCCAAACGCUUGUGUUCUUUAUUUAUGAAACUGCAUCUUCCGAGUUGUGUGCCCCCACAAACCAGAAUUUGACGACUGCACAUUGGAAACCAUGCACAUCUUUUUGCUAA